AUAGUUUCUAUUGAAACAUAAUUUUGUUCUCUAAAAUCACUCUCAUUUCUACCAAAGAUAGCCAAAUUAAGACGAAUUUGUUUGCAGAGUAAGUCUAGAUUCCAUAAACUCGGCCUGAUUAUUUAUACAGGUCCAGCAAGAAUAGGGCUUAGCCAUAUAGGCUCUUCUGAAUCUGCUUUGCUGGAACUUUUCAUAAGGAGUUUCCAGAUUGAACUCCUAAUAGCCUCUCGAGGCCAGGAAGCCACGUCAGACUUAUCAUCAGACUUGCCUAUAACACCUAUAGAAUUGGGUGAAUUCCCCUCUUGAGAUCCCCCAAAUAUCCUGAGGUUCCUAUGCCUGCCAGAAGUGACCGUCCUUACUCACGUGGUAAGGUGCUGGGAACCCUGUUAGCAAGGUACCAGGAUGCUUUUCCAAAGGACUUCAUUGGCCCGUAAAGUCAAUCUUGGGAAUUCCCUGGUGGUCCAGUGGUUAGGACUCCUCACUUUCACUGCCUAGGGUGCGGGUUCAGUCCUGGUCGGGGAACUAAGAUCCUGCAAGCCGCAUAGCCAAAAAGAAAAAAUAAUAAUAAUAAUUUUAAAAUAAAGGCAAUCUUAGUUCCUUCAAGCUGUCUGGUCAUGUCUGGGUCUACAUGUGUCUCUCUCAAAUUUGACUUUCCAGUCAAAGCCUUGGCAGGAUAACCAGUGUUUCUAAUUGUGUCCUAUUAUAAGGAGAACAGAUUCUUUUUGAACUUAUGCAAGUAACUAUAUUGCUAAGAAAAUAAUACAGAGAGUUUCUGAAUUCUGGAGAGAUCAGGUAGUGGGAAAAAGAUAAAUGUUUCAUUUUUGCUUACAAAGGUAUAAUUUACCAAAUUGCUGUAAAUCUUAAAAAAAAAUUCCUUGUGUUUGGAAAACAAAAGGUUAAAAAAUCAGUAAUAUUUUAAACAAAAAGUCACAAAAAUUAUAAUCAUAUUCAUCAGCUCAUUCAAUCCCAUGUAAUUAAUUCCUGUUCUGCUCUGAGUCCAGUUCUUCCGUUAGUUCUGUCGACUUUGCCUGAUGAUUGAGGAUGAGAGCAACAGUGAUACUUCCAUGAAGUUUGUGAGGUUUUUUUUUUAAGACUCAUAUGAUUUGCCCCGUAAGGUGGAUGCCUUGAUCACUGGAGAUUGUGGAAGGACUGUGUGACCUUUGAGGACGUGACCAUUUACUUCUCCCAGGAGGAGUGGGGACUCCUUGAUGAGGCUCAGAGACUCCUGUACUGCGAUGUGAUGCUGGAGAACUUUGCACUGAUAGCCUCACUGGGACUUACAUCUUUCAGGUCUCAUGUAGUUGCCCAGCUGGAGAUGGGGGCAGAGCCCUGGGUGCCUGACCGAGUGGACAUGACGUCAGCCAUGGCAAGAGGGGCAUAUAGAGGGCCUGGCUCAGAUUUUUGCCGUGGAACAGAGGGUGAGGAGUCACCUGCUGAGCUUAGUGUUUCUGUAGAAGUGUCACAGGACAUGAAUCCCAAGGUGGUUCCAUCCACCCAGAAAGGCUACCCCUGUGACCUGUGUGGCCUACACCUGAAAGACAUUGUGCACCCGGAUGAACACCAGGCAACACAUCCCAGGCAGAAACCACAUGUGUGUGAGGCGUACAGGAGAGAGUUCAAGUUCAAUGCCAACCUUCACCAACCACAGAUGCAGCAGAAUGUGGACAAGCCUACUGCAAGGAACGAAGGCAGUGCCUUGCUUGUGAAGAGCUGCAGAGAUGACACAUCAAAGAAACUUUUCACACUGAGGGAGGGUGGGAAGGUCUUUGUGUCCAGGUGUGGUUUUCUCCAGCACCAGGUCACUCCCCGUGUAGUGGAGCCACACCACAUCUCCGAAGGCAUGGUGGAUUUUCCCACUACGCAAUGCCGUAAGAAGUGCAGUGAAUUUCAGAACACUCUCAGUGACAAAUCCUCACUUGUUCAGCAGAGAACCCACACUGGAGAAAGGCCUUAUGAAUGCAGCAAAUGUGGGAUAUUCUUCAGCUAUGCCGCUGGCCUCUUUCAACACCAGAGAGAUCACAAUCGAGGGAAGCCUUAUGAGUGUGGUGAAUGUGGGACAUUCUUUAGCCAGCAGUCCAGUCUCAUCAAACAUCAGAGAGUUCACACUGGUGAAAGCCCUCAUGUGUGCAGCGAAUGCGGGAAAUUCUUUAGCCGAAGCUCCAAUCUUAUUCAACAUAAGAGGGUGCACACUGGAGAAAAGCCUUAUGAGUGCAGUGAAUGUGGGAAAUUCUUUAGCCAACGUUCCAACCUCAUUCAUCAUAAGAGGGUUCAUACAGGUAAAAGUGCUCAUGAGUGCAGCGAGUGUGGGAAAUCUUUCAACUGCAACUCCAGCCUAAUUAAACAUUGGAGAGUUCACACUGGAGAAAAACCUUAUAAAUGCAGUGAAUGUGGGAAAUUCUUUAGCCACUUUGAUGGACUUGUUCAACAUCAGAUAGUUCACACUGGUGAACGACCCUAUGGGUGCAGCGUUUGUGGGAAAGCCUUCAGCCGAAGCUCCGACCUCAUGAAACAUCAGCGAGUUCACACUGGUGAACGGCCUUAUGAGUGCAGUGAAUGUGGGAAACUGUUUAGCCAAAGCUCCAGCCUCAAUAGCCAUCGGAGACUUCACACUGGUGAACGGCCUUAUCAGUGCCCUGAAUGCGGGAAAUUCUUUAGCCAACGCUCCAGUUUCAAUAACCAUCGGAGACUUCACACUGGUGAGAGGCCUUAUGAGUGCCUUGAAUGUGGGAAAACCUUCAGACAAAGUUCUAAUCUGAGGCAGCACCAGAAAGUUCACAAACCAGAUAAGCCAUAUAACUGCAAUGAAUGUGAAAAAGCCUUCAGCCAAAGGUCUACCCUCAUCCGGCAUCAGAAAAUUCACACUAGAGAAAGGAGUUCAGAGAAUGUGCACCCUCCUUCUUUGGCACGACAGCACCCACUAGAGAUUAACUCUGAGAGUGGUCUUUAUGAGGGAGCUGUCAGCCAGAAGUUGAACCUUGUUCAUCCAAAUAUCUAUGCUGGAGAGAUUCCCAGUGGAUGCUAGAUAUAUUGGAAGCUUUCUGGAGCAAAGUUGCAUUUUCUGACCACAAACUUUGCCAGAGUUUUUCUCACUGCUAAUGUCUGUGGUAGAAGUCAUCUCAGUUCUACCCACUGGCAGGUCUCCAGAGUGUGUGUGCAUCAGCCACUUUCCUGUGUUCACAAAAGACAGGCCUCUGUUUUCUCUUUCCAGGAGGGAAUCAUGAGUAGCCUGAGGCCAUGGGAAGAUGUCAUUCCCUUCCACUGUGACUGGUUUAGCUGUGGACAUGACCCAUCUUUGGCCAUGAAGACCUGAGCUGGGUCCUACUGGCAGCUUGCAGAGGUUUCCCUUUUUCAAGGACAUUUGUUUAUCUUGUAUGAUGCUUGUGAUGGAUUCAUCCAGCUUCCACAUUACCCAUCUUAACAACUAUUUACUUUACAUUGCUCUGGUUUGGGUGAUAAGAGCCUUAUUGAUAAAGCCACCUUUAAUCUUCUGUGUUCUGGUAACUGUGGAGUGGGUUGAGAACAGAAUUAAGGUCUACCAAACCAAAGGGGUCUCCAGAUUUAUUGCCUCAGGGUAGAGCAGGAUGGCAGAGCGCAGUUUUCAGUCCAGAUUUGGCCUUGUUUGUGUUGCUACCCAAGGCAUCCUAGGGAAGCUUGUAGGGCUUUGCAGGCCUAAUGUUGUGGUCUGAAUAGCAUGAAUUUUUGUGAAUCAGAGAUUACUCUGAGGAAGGGGAGGUUGUGCAACCUCCAGUGCAUCUGGAAGCAGCAUGAGUUGGGCCCCUUGUUUACUGGGGAUGCCUCCUAUUCCUUAGCACUGUUGAGUAGACACUGUUUACCUGGCCCCUGACAAGGAGUUAUAUGCCCUUGAUGUCUAAUGUUCCAGUAUAUGUCACCUACUGUAAGACUUACUGGGUCCAGUUGGCAAACUAGAGGGAAUGUACCUGUUCUAAAAGUGCAUCCACAAAUGUUCCCUUAAAUGUGACUCUGCAGGAUUCAGGGUUUGCAGAAGUUCUCAGGCCCUCCAGACCUCUGUCCUUAUGACUAAGGUCACUGGCAGAGCAAAUUAUCUAAAGGUUUUGUGGAAUACUGCAGGCUGUCUGCAUUAUUCAUGUCAAAGCCAUUGCUGUGUUGGCAGGAAAAUGGGGACUAAGAGAAGGUAGAUCCUGUACACCAGGGGUGAGGCAUUUGUGCCAUAGCCAGCCAUCUCUGCUGCCAGCACAUGAGGAGAGAGGUAGUAGAGUCAAUAUGGGGUCACCAAAUCUUCUAGUUUUCCAAAAUGAGUAGGAGAUCAGAUUUUUAUGUUCAACAAUUUCUUUUAAUGCUUUGUUGAGAUAUAAUUUUCAUGGAAUAAUUGGCUGUAUGUAUUUAAUGUGUACACUUUGAUAAGUUUAAAAAUAUGUAUACACUCAGGGAACCAACACCACAAUUAUGAUAAUGAAUUUAUCUAUCACCCACAAAGCUACCUCAUGCCCCUUUACUAUCCCUCCUUGCCUUCCCCAGGGAAACAUUACCUACAUCCCAAGAAAACCAUUGAUUUACCUUUUUUUCACUAUAGAUUUGUUUGCCUUUCCUAGAAUUUUAUACGAUUGGAAGCAUAAAGUAUUUAUACUCUAUUUUUGGUCUGUUUUCUUUCAUAUAGCAUAAUCAUCUUGAGAAUCAUCCAUUCUGUGAUUAUGAGUAGUUCAUUCCUUUUACUGCUGAGUAGUGCUCUGUUGAAUGAAUACCACAGUUUUUAUGCUUUUUUAAAAUUAAAAUAUAUCUCAUAAAAUACACAACAUAAAAUUUACUGUCUUAACCAUUGUUAGGUGCAUGGUUCAGCGGUAUUACGUACAGUCAUAUUGUGCAACUAUCACCAUUAUUCAUCUCUAGAGUUCUUUACAUUUUGCAAAAGUGAAACUAUACCCAUUAAACAAUAACUCCCUAUUUCCCCCUUCCCCAAGCCCCUGAAAACCAAUAUUCUACUCUCUGUAUUUGACUACUCUAGUUAUCUCAUAUAAAUGGAGGUAUAUAUUAUUUGUCUUUUUGUGAUUGGCUUAUUUCAC